AUGUAUGAAAAUAUGGCAUUACUCAGUCCAUCAAUGGCUUUCGGUUGGUCUAGAUGGAAUAGUGAAUGUGAUGAUAGUAAUACAAUCGUGGUAACAGCUGUUGAACAUGUGGACUGUGAAGACUCGGUGGAUGAGCAUUUAUCCACUGAAUACUGUUGGUUAGAAAAUGGACAAAAUCAAAUGGAACUGUUUCGAAAAUUGCUAGUUCCUAUUACUUUUGCCACAUUCUCAGAUUGGAUCGUUCUAUGUCGAGGUUUCGACUUCAGUAUUGGUGUCAUUUCCAAUGCUAGAGUGGUCCAUCAUAAAACCUUGCACAGUGAAACUGGAGAUCAGAGUACAAUGAAACCUUUUAAAAUAUCCACAAUAUCACCUGAAAAUAAUUCAUCAUGCAUACAUGCAGAUAAAAAAUAA